UGGGGUGGGCACCCACAGGGCUAAGGUUACCCUGGUAUGUUAAGGGCUCCCUGGGACAGGACUAUAUAACCCCAGAGGGACUGCCCCAGGUUGACUAUCUGCCUCUUUCUAGCUGGAGCCGCUGCCUUGCCCCUGGGAGAACUAAGACAUGGCACCCAAGAAGGCCAAGAGAAGGGCAGCAGCAGAAGGGAGCUCCAAUGUCUUCUCCAUGUUUGACCAGACUCAGAUCCAGGAGUUCAAGGAGGCCUUCACUGUAAUUGACCAGAACCGAGAUGGCAUUAUUGACAAGGAGGACCUUCGGGACACCUUUGCAGCCAUGGGCCGCCUCAAUGUGAAGAAUGAGGAAUUGGAUGCCAUGAUGAAGGAAGCCAGUGGCCCCAUCAACUUCACGGUCUUCCUGACCAUGUUCGGGGAGAAGCUCAAAGGUGCUGACCCUGAGGAUGUGAUCACAGGAGCCUUCAAGGUUCUGGACCCUGACGGGAAGGGCACCAUCAAGAAGCAGUUCUUGGAGGAGCUGCUUACCACGCAGUGUGACCGCUUCUCUCAAGAGGAGAUCAAGAACAUGUGGGCUGCCUUCCCACCCGACGUGGGCGGCAACGUAGACUACAAGAACAUCUGCUAUGUCAUCACGCACGGUGACGCCAAGGACCAGGAGUAGGGGACCCUUUUAGACUUUGGAUGCUCAACGCCUCCAGCCACUCUGACCCUACCCCCGACUACCAAUAAAAUUCAACUGGUCUUUGUUUCUUA